UAAGAAUGGGUUGGUGGUGUGUCACUUAGAAGCAGGAGUUGGAAACAAAGGCCUUAGUGGACUUGUAGGCCACAAACCCUUUCUUCGGAUGAGACCCUUCAGUUGGACCUGUGAUGAUGCCUCUUACCUGUUGCAGGAGAAGCUCACGUGUCCAGUGGUGCUACUGCUCUUGUGCCAUGGGGUGAGCAGCUUCUACGUGCCGGGGGUGGCACCCAUCAACUUCCACCAAAAGGAUCCUGUAGAAAUAAAGGCUGUGAAGCUCACCAGUUCACGAACACAGCUACCUUAUGAAUAUUACUCCUUACCUUUCUGCCAUCCUCAGACAGUCACAUAUAAAGCUGAAAAUCUAGGUGAGGUCCUUAGAGGGGACCGGAUCGUCAACACGCCAUUCCAGGUCUUCAUGAACGUUGAGAAGAAGUGCGAGGUCUUGUGCGAAUCCCCCAGCAAGCCUGUGACCCUGACCAAGGAAGCGAGCAAGCUGAUCGCCGAACGGAUCCAGGAGGAAUACUAUGUCCACCUCAUCGCUGACAACCUGCCUGUGGCCACGCGGCUGGAGUUCUACUCGAACCGCGAGGAGGAAGAGAAGAACAAGGAGAAAGACAUACAGUUUGAGCAUGGCUAUCGGCUUGGGUUCAUGGACAGCCGCAAGUUCUACCUGCACAACCACCUCUCCUUCAUCCUUUACUACCACAGAGAGGAUGUGGAAGAGAACCAAGAGCCCACCUACAGGGUGGUCCGCUUUGAGGUCGUUCCGCAGAGCAUUAAGCUUGCUGAUCUGAAAGCUGACGAAAAGGGUGCCUGUGUCUUGCCUGAAGCUGCCAACUCCGCUCCUCAAGAGAUUGACCCCACGAAGGAGAACAAGCUGCUUUUCACCUACUCUGUGCAUUGGGAGGAAAGCGACAUCAAAUGGGCUUCUCGCUGGGACACUUACCUCACAAUGAGUGACGUGCAGAUCCAUUGGUUCUCCAUCAUUAACUCUGUCGUGGUCGUGUUCUUCCUUUCGGGUAUUCUCAGCAUGAUCAUCAUCCGGACGCUCCGGAAGGAUAUUGCCAACUACAACAAGGAAGAUGACAUUGAAGACACCAUGGAGGAAUCUGGGUGGAAGCUGGUGCACGGUGAUGUUUUCAGGCCGCCUCAAUAUCCCAUGAUCCUCAGCUCCCUCCUGGGCUCCGGAAUCCAGCUCUUUUGCAUGAUCCUGAUUGUUAUUUUUGUGGCCAUGCUGGGGAUGUUGUCUCCUUCCAGCCGAGGUGCCCUGAUGACCACAGCCUGCUUCCUCUUCAUGUUCAUGGGGGUUUUUGGUGGUUUCUCUGCUGGCCGACUCUAUCGGACACUGAAAGGCCACCGGUGGAAGAAAGGGGCUUUCUGCACAGCCACCCUGUACCCAGGAGUCGUCUUUGGGAUAUGCUUCAUCCUGAACUGUUUCAUCUGGGGCAAACACUCGUCGGGAGCGGUCCCUUUCCCCACCAUGGUGGCUCUCCUUUGCAUGUGGUUCGGCAUCUCCUUGCCCCUCGUCUACCUGGGAUACUACUUUGGAUUUCGCAAGCAGCCUUACGACAAUCCUGUGCGGACCAAUCAGAUUCCAAGGCAGAUUCCGGAGCAGAGGUGGUACAUGAAUCGAUUCGUCGGGAUCCUUAUGGCUGGAAUUCUGCCUUUCGGAGCCAUGUUCAUUGAACUUUUCUUCAUCUUCAGCGCAAUUUGGGAGAACCAGUUCUACUACCUCUUUGGCUUCCUCUUCUUGGUGUUCAUCAUCCUCGUGGUCUCUUGCUCCCAGAUCAGCAUCGUCAUGGUGUACUUCCAGCUCUGUGCAGAGGAUUACCGAUGGUGGUGGAGGACUUUCCUGGUGUCCGGAGGUUCUGCCUUCUAUGUGUUGAUUUACGCAGUCUUCUACUUUGUGAAUAAGCUGGACAUUGUCGAGUUCAUUCCUUCCUUGCUGUACUUCGGCUACACAGCUCUCAUGGUGCUGUCCUUCUGGCUCUUGACGGGGACCAUUGGCUUCUAUGCAGCCUACAUGUUUGUCCGCAAGAUUUACGCUGCUGUGAAAAUAGACUGAAGAUGCUCUGGCGCCACGUGGCACAAAGCAGCUGGUCCCCUCUGUUUCCUCCUAGGAAGGAAGUGGGGAACUCUCUCUCUCUCUCCCUCUCUCCUGUUUCUCCCAAGGAAACAAAACCCGGCUGGAGUGGGGGACACAAGGAAUAAAAAUAGUUCAAUUUUUUGGAAUGUAACCUUUGGCACAGCGUCCGUGGAAUCGGGUUUCUUGGUGGGGAGGGUGUGUAGAUACUUUGCAUUUUAACUUUUAUCCUAUUCUGGUUAUAAGGGAUUUAUUUUCUCUCUUCUUCUUUUUUAGCCGAGACGCAUUCCCCUCAAUGAGUAAUCUUUCUCCCUCCUCUCUUUUCGUCUAAUUCAUUUUCUGCAAUGACAAUAAUAGGAGAUUGCAAUGGUUACAAAUUCACGAAUGAGUUUGGGGAAGAUUCAUCCUUUGGUGAUGGCACAGCGUAGCCUUUUGCUGUGCCUUUGCUUGGAGCAAGACGGUAGAAAGAAGGUCUGCUGCCGCCUCAUCAGGCUCCAGUUCCGGCAAGUGCCGUUUUCUCACGGAGGGCUCUCAAACUGCCUCCCCUGGGCUGCUUGACGCUGGGAGUGUCACAGUUCAGACAGUGGCAGACACCUAUUGUCUUCGGACACUCACUUGCUUUGAACCACGAUAAACUGAUGAUGUGGAACCACUGCCUGCUGAAAAGUGGAACAGGCCUGCAAACUGGAGGAAGGCUACUUGGAAGUCCUGGGGGAACCCCAGGGGAUUUCUCAACACUGGGAUUUGGGUGAGGUUUAGAGACUGGAAAACGUGCUCUGUUGUUCAUGUGCCAAGGAAUCCAUGGCUCAGAUGUUGGGAACUGCUGCUGUAAUGUGCAAGAGAGGGGAGGGAACUGGGAGAGCUCUGUUCCCCUGACCCCAAUGUCAAAAGAAAGGAAUUGUUCUCCCUUCCUACCCACACCCCUGCACAUUUGGCCGACCCCCUUUUCUCACUUGUCCAGUUCUGUCUCUCCCUCCAGAAAUUGAAGUGCGUUGGCAGCUUUACUCUCGACUUCUAUGUGAACUAGGUUACGUAGUCACAAGACCAAGGUUAUACUAUUAAAUUAUCUUUUGGCCAAGCACAAUGGAUCUCAGUCUCCCUUCUCAGAGACAGGAGCACCCUGCUCUCUCUCCCGCUCGUAGUGCGCUGCGCAUCGCAAACGAGCCUGAAUCAAUUUACUGGGAGAUGGUUGUAAACACUUCCUUUGAUAAACAGAAACUUGUUUAUUUGUAAUCAGAAUUACAAUACUGGAAUUAUUAUUUUUUCAAUUGCUGAAAAUUAGGUCUAAUUGUGGAAUGGUCUAGUUGCAGUUUUCUGCUUUAUGAACGAGCUGUUCCGGCAAAAGUGGGUAUGCCAUGGGUGGGGUGGGGGAAGGGAGGCAUGCACUGGGGGGGGGCAUUUUUUCCAUGGAAAAUUAAUCUCUUUGGGAACACAUAUUUAAGAUCGUUAAACAUGUAUUUGUCAUCAAUGAUGAUGCAUCUUAUGUGUGUCUUAAUUUACCUGCCCUGUGGUAACUGCAGGAAACUACUGGGGUGAGCCUGCAGGCUCACAGGGAAUGAGGGGCUUGCUUGUGCAUUGCUCCUCCGCCCACCCAUUGCUUCCUUGCCCCCCAUGCCAAAGCCACGCCAGCCACGAAUCAAGGUCUGACAAAGGGGGAGCCAUGGCACUUACUACUUUUGCUAUGGAUCCCUUGGUGAACUCUGAUCUGAGCUACCAUUAGGGUACUUGACUAGGGCCUGGAGUCUACUAAUUCUGCACACUAGCAGAAGCAGAGGUAUGGAAGAGUUCCAGCUAGCGCAACAGGCUCCACCACCCAAUGCGCCCUUGCAAUUCAUUCUGAUGAAUUGGGAGAAACCCCAGAACAGCAGGGCAGGGAGGAGGGUGGAUUGUUCCGUGUGGGAAGUAGGAAGUCUUGCGCUGACAUAAUGAUCAGAAGAGUGCAAUGUUGAUUUAUUCCCCAAGUACUUUCUCCCCCUCCAUGAUUUUCUUUUUCCAACCAGAACUGCUCUAUCCCUGGCCUUCCACUAUGUUUCUUGUAUUUUUUAAUGUAUUGUUUGAGCCCAAGUGUAAAUAAAUAUGCUGUUGUUGUCA